UUUUAUAGGUUAUUUUUUUUAAAUAUUAGUUUUAAAAAAAUAACAAUGGAAGGAACAUAUUUGUCGCUUUUACCUAAGGAAUUAAUUAAUAUUAUAUGCAGUUAUCUAAGCAAUUUAGAUGCAUAUUUUUGUACACAAAGCACAUUCUAUACAAGCAACAAAUUAAACCUUUCGAAUGAUAAUCGGAUAGAUUCAACAUUUUUAAAACAUAUAUUAAAAAACUCUCAAUUAGGAAAUGUAACAGAAUUAAACAUGACCGGCAUUCACUGGAUUUCAACUGCUGAUAUUCGAAGUGGAAUCAGAAAAUGUGUACAUUUGAAAACGUUGUUGCUCUUCGAUACCAAGAUGGAUUUAACGAAGGCUAACGUUAAACUUUAUCUGGAAUUGAAUAAAAUGAAGGUUUUGGGCUUGACGCAAAAAAAAAAAAAUUAUCAGAGAAUGGAUCCAGCAUUUAAACAAAUGAAUUUAGAUUGUUUCUAUUGCCAUAAUAAGUACUUCACAUAUCAGCUUUGGGAUAAUUUCGAGGUUUGCUACAUAGUAGCUAAGAAAAAUAUGUCUUACGGUUCUCACGGCCAAAAUAUUUACAAUUGCAAUUGGCUUCAGACAGCAAUGGAAUUUUCUACCAGCAAAUUGGAUAUGAACAUAUUUGAUACUAGAUAUAAAGAGACUGCUUGCAUUAAACAAAUCAGCGAGAAAAGUUUUUCUGGUCCAGAUGAAAAUCUUAUUUCUAGAUUUAUUAGUUAUAGAAAUGUGAUACAUUUAUUGAUAAAACCCGACAGAACAUCAUCGGAUGUAAGGCUGUUAAGAUUGGAUCUUCUAAAAUAUAUUCCGAAUUUAGUGAAAUUAGAUAUACAUGUGAUGGUUCACUUAGGCGCCAACUUUUUAGAACCGAUAUUUGCCAAUUGCCCAAAAUUGAAGUUUCUGAAGAUCAAAAAUGAAAAUGCCCAGAUUAAUAUGAUUCACCUAAAAAUGGCUCAAGCAUUGGAAGAUUUUAGUUACACGACAGCAUAUCCCUUGAAUUUGUCUCGUUUAUUUAUGGAAUUCCAAGAAAAUUCCUAUACAAAACUGCGUAGAUUGUUUGUGAGCUAUGGCAUUGGAGGGCCGAAAUUGAGAUUGCCAAAUUUAAGAAAAUUCUUAUUAAACAAUCCACAAUUAUAUUGCUUCAUUCUCAUUAACGAGAUGACCCUUGCCGAAAUUAAAGAAAUACAGGAAAUGUUCGAUGCAAAAAUAAAAGAACCUUUUCAAUAUUUUAAGGUGAUGAAGGAGUUAUAUAAUAAAUUGGAUUUUGACAAUCUUGCAGAUGACAUUCCUAUUUGUAACUAUGAUCUGUUCGAGAGUAUAUACGAAAUUGAUAGUGUCAAGAAACGUUUUAAUUUUUAUUUUUAAUAUUUGUGAUACCAUUAAUUUAUUCUUCAAUAUUAUUUUGUAUUGUAUAUG